AUGCCUUCCCAACCUGCUGACACUGCUCUGGCUCAUCGUACUCACGCAUCUAAUGCAACUGCACAUCCUGGUGCGAUCCUCUUGCAAGUGAAGAAACCUCAAUGCACAACAGAAGAAGUUGCUGCUGCUCGAGAAGAAAAAGCAGCACAGGCAGCAACUGCUAAAGCAGGUUCUAAGUGCAUCGCUGUUGGGUCUCGUCCAAUCCCCUCUAAAGACAAGAAGGCUGUGAAGGAUGGUCUGAGUCAGACAGCAGCCUGUGGUGGAGGCGAUGAGGUUGGAACUAACUUGAAUCAAGAGCCAGAAAUACUUACCCAGACAGCUGAUGCACUGAUGGAUCUUGACAAUGACCAGGAUACACGUAGUGAGCUCGGUACCUUCAAGAAGAAGAUUACCAAAGCCUUGAUGAAGGGUGCUGUCAAUCAAGUUGCACAUGCCCAUAAGAAAGGCAACUCACUUGAUGUUAUUGUGAAAAUGUCUGAGUGCGCUCUCAGCAGCAAAGUCAACAACUGGGUCUCAGGUGUCAACAUACCCAUCAAGAAUCAGAAUGUACCAAGUCAUGUGACUCACACAUCGGCAUCACCACCUCCUUCAACAAUUUUUUCUCGUCUUAUGAGCUCUUCCAAGACAGCUCACAGUGAAAUCCUGACUGAUAUUCCUGAAGUUGCUCAAUGUUCUGGUGUGGAUGAGGAUGCACUGGGAGGUUUUGCCAAUGAUAAGGAUGAGGAUGAGGCUGAUGAAUUGGAAUGCCUGGCUGGAUAUGGGAUCACUGCCAAGGAAGGGAGGUCAGCUGCAACAUUCAAAGAUGGCUCUGAUGACGAGUUGGAGAUUCCAGCAGAGUUCUGUGCUCCGUUCACCCAGCCAUCAGAAGGAGGUUUGUCCAAGGCUUCCUUCGCAGUCAGCAACCUCAAAAGGAAAGCCUCUGAAGACCUUGAUAUAACCCCUGGGAGUGAAAUUGAAGAUUUUUCGGACAAUGCCAUCAACAAUACAAUGGAUAUUGACCUACCAGACAAGAGUAAUCUGAUGCAUGAAGUGAAGUUUGAGAAGCCUAGUGUGAAGCUUGAGAAGCCCCCUUGCACCACAAGUUUGACAUCAGUUGCGACCACAAACAUCAAACCUGCUCUCACUAAGAAGGCAAAGGUGGAAUCAGUCAAGUUUUCAACGUCUCUUGGUGCUACUUCUGCCAAGCCCAAGGAACAGCAAUCAGUCAAAGUUGACACACCACAUGACAAUUUGAAGCCUCAAUUGCAAUACCAAAACACCAAUCUCCCUGAACAAGUCCAAGCAGACCACCAUUGGGCUAAAAAAUUCUUUCUGACGAUGAUGUUGUGGGCCAGCAGCCAGGAAUCCCUCUGGAGCAUCCCAGAUGCAACUUUACUGACACAUAUCCAAAUUAUAUUUCAGGCAGUCUACCUGGAGCUGAACCUCACCAUUGUUCAGAACGGUGUUGUUUUCUCGCUUACUGUCCAACGUCUUUCUGAGUGGCAGAGCAACUUCAGCUCUACAGCCAUUGUGAUCAUCUUUGAUUUUCUGACGAGCAACAAUGACUGUGACCCAGAGGUCCUUGCAGGGCUCCUCUUGAAGAAUUUUGCCUUCAUUUUUGAGGACACAGACAAGUGCAAGCCUGAUGGGGCAUUUCGCUCUGCAUUUAUGCUGCAGCUCCUCGGAAAGGCCCAUCUUAGCGCCAUUAAUGGUCAUGCUAUCAUUCCUGCAUUGAAAACCAAGGACCUUGCAUCAAAAGGGAUGGCCAGUGUUAUCGCAUUUUGUGCUACAGCACUCAAGUGCACCGUCACAUUGAUUUCAGAGGGAAAUAUCAAAGUCGAGAAUGUCUUAGCAUCAACCCCAUCAUGCAGCAAGUUGAAUAUCAAGCUCCCCAAAGUACUCAACAAGGCCACUGGGAAGGAGACCAGCGCCCCAUAUCUAUUUUCAUGCGAUCUCUGGGGUAAACCAAAUACUGGGUACAUGAAGAGCAUCAAGAAGAAGGGCUUGGGCUUCAUCAAAACUACAGUAGACAUGGCGCGGUCAGCUUUGAAUGAAAGUACCACCAUGGAUGCAGGCGUCUCUGAGAGCUCUGACAAUGACUGUGCCUUCUUAUGUAUGUGUGACACUAUCCUCUUAUGCCUCUUAUUUCAUUUGAAUUUUCUUUUGUUGUUCUUACUGCCUUGCUAA